CUGGGACAGGCUAUAUAAGUGGCAGCGGCUGCGUGCACAGGCAGCCCUCUCAUGUGAACAGCAGUAGGUGUCUCAGAGGCUGAGAGCAGUGUCACUGCAGAGCCCUCCAGGGUCUCUUUCCAGCUAUCUGGGAUCUCGGCUCUCCCAAAUUUUUUUCACUCAUUCCCCCCCGCAAAUUUUUCUGUUACCGUAAUUUUGGUCUCUGAUCAGAGAUCUAUCCUUUUUUUGCCUUUCAUAAAUUGGGAUUAUAUUUUUAUCAUUGGCCAACAUGGUUCAGAAGAAAAGUCCAGAGAUAAAAGGAUUUCACCGAUCUUUUAAGGGUCAAAACCCAUUUGAGAUGGUGGAUUAUGGGAUGGGAUCCAGAGACAUGGACAAUGUGUUUAAUUUUGACUGUCCCACACGUCCAGACAUGCCAUCCAGUGACCCCAUUGAUAUUCCCGAUGCCAAGAAAAGAACAAAGAAGAAAAAACGAUGCAGGGCAACAGAUAGCUUCAGCGGACGCUUUGAAGAUAUGUACCAACUGCAAGAUGAAGUUCUUGGUGAGGGAGCGUAUGCUAAAGUUCAAAGCUGUAUUAACCUCAUCACCAACAAAGAAUACGCAGUUAAGAUAAUUGAGAAGAGACCAGGCCACAGUCGAAACAGAGUGUUUAGGGAAGUGGAAAUGCUGUACCAGUGUCAGGGGCACAGCAAUGUUUUGGAACUGAUUGAGUUCUUUGAAGAAGAGGAUAAAUUCUACUUGGUUUUUGAGAAGAUGUGUGGUGGCUCCAUAUUGAAUCACAUUCACCGUCGUAGGCAUUUCAACGAGAGGGAGGCCAGUUUUGUGGUACGAGAUAUUGCCGGAGCCCUUGACUAUUUGCACAACAAAGGUAUAGCACACAGAGACCUGAAACCAGAAAACAUCCUUUGUGAAAGUCCACACCAAGUAUCCCCGGUGAAGAUUUGUGAUUUUGACCUUGGCAGUGGGAUAAAACUGAACAGUGACUGCUCCCCAAUAUCCACUCCAGAACUGCUCACUCCGUGUGGCUCUGCUGAAUACAUGGCACCAGAAGUGGUAGAGGCUUUUAAUGAGGAGGCUUCCAUUUACGACAAGCGAUGUGACUUAUGGAGCUUGGGGGUGAUCUUGUAUAUCAUGUUAAGUGGAUACCCUCCAUUUGUGGGGCAUUGCGGAAGUGACUGUGGAUGGGACCGGGGUGAAGCCUGCCCUACCUGCCAGAAUAUGCUGUUUGUCAGUAUCCAGGAAGGAAAGUACGAGUUUCCAGAAAAGGACUGGGCUCAUAUCUCUUCUGGAGCUAAAGAUCUGAUCUCCAAACUGCUGCUUCGAGAUGCUAAGAAGAGACUGAGUGCAGCUCAGGUUUUGCAGCAUCCUUGGGUGCAGGGGCGUGCACCUGAAAAUACACUCCCCACUCCGAUUAUCCUACAGAGGAACAGUAGUGCCAAAGACCUGACUUCAUUUGCAGCUGAAGCCAUCGCAAUGAACCGUCAGUUGAUGGAGCGAGAGGAGGAAGAGGAAGGAGUGGACUCUUCAGCAUCCUCAUGUCCCAUCGUUGUCAAAGCUACCUCUUGCUCCAUGCGGCUUUCCCCUCCUUCUGAAUCCAAGCUGGCCAAGAGGAGGCAGCAGGGUAGUAAAGUGGGCAUCUCUCCUCCUAGCUUGGCAUCACUUAUAAUUGCCAAUGACUGAGGAAAUGGCCCAUCUUUCCAUUCCUGUGGUGGUUGCAUGUGAGCUUGUGACGGGUAACAACUGGCUGUCACUAUAGGAUGGCCUCCUUCUCUACACUGUGCUUGUUUCAUCAUGAAAAAUUUCAGCACCCUGUUUAUUUAAGGCAUUUUAUUGGGAUUACCAGGGGUUCUGUCUUUAGAUGGUGCAAAUCUUCUUUUUUUUUUUUUUUUUUUUUUUUUGUGGAAAAUCAACAUUCUGAUUUUAAUGUUUGUCACAUGGUCACGUUUAUCUUCAGUGCAUUGCAAUAAUCCUCUUUACAUAAGAUGUUUGAGAUUUAAAAGCUCCGCACCAUAAAAAUCCACAGUAGCAGCUUCUACUGCCUUGCUUCCCACCAGUGUUGCAAGGAUUUACAGCAGCAUGGCAGAAGGGCUGCUUCUGUACCCUGGGUGUUUUAUCAACAUCUUAUGAGUUGACUAAAUAAAUUAUCUAUAAUGCGUAAGGGGGCACAGUGGUAUAUGAAGGUUAAUAUGUCAAUCUAAUUAUAUUUUUGAUAAUAUCUCUAUUAUACAGGCUUUUCUUGGCUAAUGUCAAACGUCACACAAUUUAUCCACCCAAAAGGGCACUUUGCUUCCCUUAUUGUGGGAAAUGUUGUUGUUGUUGUAUUAUAAUGAACCAACUGGAAAGUUCAAAACACUUGUCUAAGCCAAAACAAACAGCCAUCUCCUAUGGUUCCUUUUGUGACUGAAGUCACAGAAGGGCCUAUGUGCCUUUCAUUAGCCAGCAUUAAGUCCUGUAGAAUGUUGGUGUUAUCCUUUGUUUGUCUUUCUUUAAAAGACC